GAAGCAGCACCGCCGAGCGGUUUUGGCUGUGGGUGGGGGCAACGCGGACGAAGCGGACCAGUGGUUCCUCCAGCAGCUGGAGCGGUCUGGAGGGCGCCAGAAGUUCGACCCGGACCUGUCUGAGCGCGGGGUGUCUUGCCUCAUGGAGGCCGCCUCGCCGACGCGACGCCAGGAGGCCUGGAGGUACACCGACGUGCAGGCCCUCCUGUAUUCCGAGCCCACUUCCGAGCCCACUCCAGCGCUGGCGCUGCCUCAGGAUGUGCAGCGGGCCGUCGUGGCCGAGCUGCUGGAGACGAAGGAGGAGGACGAGGCACUCCUGCGCCUGGUGUUCCUGGACGGGAAACUCUCCGCGGAGCACUCCAGCCAGGAGCACACUUGUGCGGAUGUGUUUAUGGGUGGCUCCGAGGCUCUUGUCUUGCAGCACGCCGACUUGCGGGCCAGGGUGGCAGAGCUCUUGCGCGCGCUGCCAGAAGUGGAUACGUUUGUCCCCGAAGCCACGCGCGAUGCCCUAGGCUGUGCCAAGAUGGCAGCCUUGAACCAAGCGCUGUUCGAGGACUGCGCCUGGCUUCACUGCCCUGGAACCGACAUGCCCUGCGAGUCUGGCGCCCCAUUGCGAGUAGAGGUGGUAUUUAUCACAAGUGGGUCGUCGCACGGGUGCUGCUCACCACGUGUGGUGAUCGAUGCUGGCACGAAUCGAAGGCUUCUCGUGGUUGAGUCACACUUGAGUUUAGAUUCAGCUGGCACAGCGGCCGACGCCUCCUUGUCCAACGCGGUGUGCAGGGUGGUCGUCGGCGAGGGUGCAGAGGUAAAGCACGUCUUGUUGCAGCAGAAAGCGGAGACCGCGCGCCUGGUGGAGUCCAUCACAGCGGAGGUGUUCGCCAGAGGCAGUUACAGCCUAUGCAUGUUGCAGACCGGCGCCCGCUCGGCACGCGUGAACGUGGCAGUCGCGCUGUUGGGCGAAUCGGCCACGUGCGAGCUGAACGGGGUUAUGGUUGCAGAUCAAGCGCAGCAGCUGGAUCUGCACUCUCUCAUCCACCACAGCGUGCCAUCGUGCUCGAGCAGCCAGAAGCAGAAGAACAUCGUGGCUGAUGGCGCCGAGUGCAUCUUCAAAGGCGCCAUUCGCGUGGAUAAAGAGGCUCAACGAACGACGAGCGACCAGAUCUGCCGCUCCCUGUUGGUCACGAAGAAGGCCAAGGUGAAGGCAAUGCCUUGCCUCCAGAUUCGGGCUGAUGACGUAGCCUGCAGCCACGGCGCUGCGGUGGCUAAGCUCGAUGAGAGCGAGGUGUUCUACCUAAUGUCCAGGGGACUUGACAGGCGCGCUGCUCAGAAGCUGUUGCUGGUCGCCUUCCCGCAGGACCUUGUCGGAGGACUCGUGAAGGUGGCGCCCAGGGCCUUCCAGCGUAUGCUGGACAAGCUCGGGACAAUCGCAUCCUCGGCAAAUGCCGAAAAGUGA